AUGAAGACGAUCACAGUGUUUGUUUUAGCUGUGGCAAUAACUGGGUCCUCAGCUUUCCUCAUCAAAGUACCAACGGCUCCUACAGAGAUUAACAAAGGCCCAACAGGAUGGGUGCAUUUACAAAAACUUAUACUUCCAUUGUUUGAAAACGUGUGUGAAGACAGUACUGACCCAGUAAUUGUGAGGUUAGCUCAAAAUUUUACCCUCGUUGCUACAAGCGCAGCAUUCGUGAAACCAGAAGUCAUAGAAAACUUCAAGACACUCCAAACAAAGGGUUUACUUCAUAAGGGCGAAAUAUUCACAAAUUAUGAUCCUAACCACAUAAAUGAGCUGAAAACUAUAUACGAAGUUCUUUAUUACGCCAAAAAUUUUGAUACGUUCCUCACAGCUGCAGCCUGGGCACGCCAGAAUGUUAACUGUGGGCUAUUUGUCAAUGCUAUAUACUUGGCUUUACUUAAUAGAAGAGAUACUGAGAAACUAUCGGUUCCAGCCCCGUAUGAAUUAAUACCCAAUUACUUCAUUCAAAAAGAUGUCAUCAUAAAAGCUUCAGCUUUGCUCUCUGGUAAAGAGGUAAUCCUAUCCGAUACUGUUCGAGAUGAAGGCAAUUCAUAUGUACUAGAUGCUAAUUACACAGCUGAUUUCGUAGACAACGACGAUGAAAGUAAACUUGCAUAUUUUCACGAGGAUAUUGGUUUGAAUACCUAUUACUUCUUACAAAAACUUAGGAAAUCUUUCUGGUUUAAUACUACUCCGACUACAGAUAGCAGAUACGGAGAAUACUUGUAUCACAUGAUGAAACAACUAGUAGCUAGAUACGGUAUGGAGAGAUAUGCAAACGGACUGCCUGAAGUGGAAUCUGUAAUAAACUGGGAUACAUUCAGCGUUGCCCCUUAUGAUCCUUUGUUAAUUUAUUCGAAUGGUAACGAAUUUGGACAUAGAAUUUCGCCUCUGGAUACGACAGGCUUUGAAAAUUUACAAUUUCUGGAAACUAUUGAGAAUAACAUUGCAACAGUUGUCACUCACAUGAAAGACACAGGAUAUAAUAAAACGGAGAUUUUGAAUCAUGUUAUGAGUAUCCUUGUCACGGAAGAACGAAGCUUUGAAACAGUGUUAAGGAGUUAUGUCGGCAAAGACAACUUGUUUACUAAAAGCCAACCUUCCGUACUCGACCACUACAUGACUUCUUUACGCGAUCCUAUAUUCUGGACACUAAACCAAAAAAUCGUUGACCUGGUUGAUAAUGCUUUGAAAAUGUUUCCUACCUACACAAGAAACGAACUUUACUUUCCUGGAGUAGAAAUAUUAAACGUAGACGUGAAGAAAAUGAUGACCAACUUUGAUUAUUUCCAAUUUGACGUGACGGAUGCUUUGAAAACAGCGUCAACCAACACUGCUUUCCAAGUAAAAAUUGGUCAACCAAGAUUAAAUCACAAGCCAUUCGUUGUAAAAGUAAACAUUUCUUCGCUUGUGACGCAAAAGGGACUGGUAAAAAUAUAUUUGGGACCUAAAAUAGCUCCCGGUGAUCUUGCAUUGAAGAAAAAUCUGUUUAUGCUACUUGACAAUUUUGAAUGUAAUUUGAAGAUUGGAACAAAUGUCAUAACGAGAUCUUCAGAGGAAAUGACAAAUUUAUCUAAUGAUUUUACAUCUUUGAAGACUUUUAGAAAAAACGUAGAAGACGCAGAAUUUGGAUUAAACUCUUUGCCUCUUGAGGAUAUAGAAUCAUUGACAGGAUUCCCAUCCCGGCUUAUUUUACCUAAAGGUACACCCGAAGGACUUCCUCUUCAAAUAUUUGUUUUCGUUGCACCGUUUAUAAAAACCACAAUCAGUGGUUUAUUUGCUUCACCAAAUGUAGAAUUCAAUUCAGCAGUGAUGUCUCCCGGAUAUCCUCUAGAUCUAGACAUUACAGAGUCCCAGUUGUUUGAUCUCCCAAACGUUAUUGUAAAAGAUGUUCUUAUUACUCAUAAAGGUGAUAAAGUCUCUAACUUUGGAGGCACUGGUGGGACAAAAAAGUGGCAAACUAAAUCUGAUUAUGCAGCUAACAGAAAAGAACCUUUUGACUACAGUUCCAAAAAAGGUCAAUAUGGAAAGAAGGAAGGAAAUUUUGAUUAUAGUGCUAAAAAAGGUCAAUACGGAAAAAAAAAUGAUUAUCCAUCUACAAAAGAUGACUCUAAGGAUACCGACAUAGUCACAAACACAAAUGACAACGGUGAUAUUAAUUCAGAUGUUAUCAUAAAGGAUUUAAAUGAGUAUGCAGGUGAAAAUGUAAUUGAUGACAAAACAAUUAGAAAAGUAGAACUGGAGAAAGAUAACGACGAUGUGUUCACAGAAAAGCCUGUUAAACAGCAAGAAGGUUCUCAGCUAGUUGAUGACGAUAUUUCAGAUAAUUAUUAUGCAAAACUAUAUUCUUUUCUGACCACAGCAAAAAAACCUUCAGUAUACGAUUACAUUACUAGUAGAAAUUUAAAUAACGAUGAACUUUAUCCUGAUAGUUACGAAAUUCACACAAACGAUGAAGUAUAUUAUUAAAGUAUAAUUAAGUAUCAUGUUAUGUAAUGUAAAAUGUACGGAAAUGUUAUUGAAUAAAUUAUUUUAACUACGUAA